GGUGAUUUUCAACAUUGUGAACUUCAGCAAGACCAAGAGCCUGUACAGAGAUGGGAUGUCCCCCGUGGUGAAGUCGACCAGCCGGCCUAAAUGGCAAAGACUGCCAGCCAAGAAUGUGUAUUACUAUCGCUGCCCGGACCAUCGGAGGAACUACGUGAUGUCUUUCGCCUUCUGUUUCGACCGCGAGGAUGACGUUUAUCAGUUUGCGUACUGCUACCCUUACACCUACUCCCGUCUGCAACAUUACCUGGCCAGCCUGGAGCGCAGAAAUCUCGAUUACCUGCAGCGAGAGCAGCUGGGCCUCAGUGUGCAACAACGAAGGCUGGAUCUUCUGACCAUCACCAACCCCGCCCAUCUGAACCAAGAGCGAGAAAAGAGGGUGGUGUUUCUCUCAGCCCGCGUUCACCCUGGAGAAUCACCUGCUUCCUUCAUCUGUCAGGGUGUCAUCGACUUUCUGGUCAGCCAGCAUCCCAUCGCUCAGGUCCUGCGUGAUCAUGUGAUAUUUAAGAUCGUUCCCAUGCUCAACCCUGACGGCGUGUACCUGGGAAACUACAGGUGUUCUCUACUGGGCUUCGAUCUGAACCGUCAUUGGCAGGACCCUUCCCCUUGGGCCCAUCCCACUCUACAUGCCGUCAAACAACUCAUUGUCCAAAUGAACCAAGACCCAAAAGUGAGUUUGGAGUUCUACAUCGACGUGCACGCCCACUCCACCAUGAUGAAUGGCUUCAUGUAUGGUAAUGUCUUUGAGGAAGAGGAGAGAGGGCAGAGACAGGCCGUCUUUCCUCGACUCCUGUGCCAAAACGCGCCUGACUUCUCUCUUUCCAGUACAUCGUUUAACUGUGAUGUGGUCAAGGCUGGUACCGGCCGACGGUUCCUGGGUGGUCUGUUGGAUGACACAUCAUACUGCUACACACUGGAGGUCUCCUUCUACAGCUACCUGACAGCAGGAAGCACCUCACCUGUGCCGUACACUGAGGAUGGCUACAUGAAGCUGGGCAGAAACGUGGCCCGGACAUUCCUGGAUUACUACAAACUGAACAACCUGAUAGAUGAAAACAAACUCACAGGACACAUUAACAGCACUUUCGAUGGAACAUCCACCAGUCAUCAAGGAAACAAUGCUGGAAAUGGGAAGGUUAAAGGUGACAGAAAACCCCAUGGAGUCAGGAAUUACUAAAAACACAGGGAAUACUGUAUGGUUCCACAUCCUCGAGUGAGACGUUGUGAACUGUGGUCCACUUGCAAAUUACGUUUUCAUAUCAGCCCACAGCAAUCCACCAGAUAUUUGUUGUCUACGUUUUUAUGUGCUGAUAGGACUCAACGACUGUGAAUAAGUCUUUGGUAUUAAUUCUCACUUGUGAGAUAUUGCA